AUGACACUUGUUGCAACAGCACUGACAACUGCUGUCGUAACUGGUUAUAUUCAGCUCGGAUCAAACAAAACUACAGACAAUGCUACAAAGAAACAAAUCAUUUCCAGUCAGCCAACCUACUUCAUAGUCCAUGCUACUGGACAAACACCUCUAUCAAAAUGUUCUCCUUUUCUGAUCCAGAAACUGUUUGAAUCUACAGUUGGAAAUUUGAAAAAAAUACAAAAAUUGAGGUCAGGAGAUCUGCUUCUGGAAACAACCUCACCUCAACAAUCUGCAAAACUUUUGGCAAUUAAGACACUUGGAGAUAUAGAGGUAACUUUCACCCCACAUGGAAGUCUAAACUCAUCACGUGGUGUGAUAUCAGAGAUCGAUCUGAUGUCUGAGGAUGAAUCAGAUAUUCAGAUCGGCCUUGCUGAUCAAGGUGUAACUGCCGUUCGACGCAUCUCCAUUCGUCGAGAUGGCAAGUUAAUUGCUACCAAACACUUAAUUUUAACAUUUAACAAAUCGACAUUGCCAUCUUUCAUUACUGCAGGAUAUCUGCGCUGUCCAGUCCGCCCCUACGUUCCAAAUCCGCUGCGCUGCUUCAAAUGCCAGCGGUUUGGACAUUCACAGACAUCCUGCCGAGGCAAAAGCGUAUGCGCACAGUGUGGGAGUGAAGACCACGUUAGUACUGAAUNUUUUUUUUUUUUAUGA